GUGGAAGCAGUGCGCGCAGUGGCUCAUCCACUGCAAGGUGCUGCCCGCCAACCACCGGGUGACCUGGGACUCGGCGCAGGUGUUCGACCUGGCGCAGACCCUCCGAGAUGGAGUCCUGCUCUGCCAGCUGCUCAACAACCUCCGGGCGCACUCCAUCAACCUCAAGGAGAUCAACCUGAGGCCGCAGAUGUCCCAGUUUCUCUGUUUGAAGAACAUAAGAACGUUUCUCACAGCCUGUUGCGAGACGUUUGGAAUGAGGAAGAGUGAACUCUUUGAGGCGUUUGACCUGUUCGACGUUCGUGACUUUGGGAAGGUUAUAGAAACAUUAUCGCGACUUUCUCGCACGCCUAUUGCGUUGGCCACAGGAAUCAGGCCCUUCCCAACAGAAGAAAGUGUUAAUGAUGAAGACAUCUACAAAGGCCUUCCUGAUUUAAUAGAUGAGACCCACGUGGAGGAUGAAGAAGAUCUCUACGACUGUGUUUAUGGGGAGGAUGACGGAGGAGAAGUCUACGAGGACCUAAUGAAAGCCGAGGAAGCACAUCAACCUAAAUGUCCAGAAAAUGACAUACGAAGUUGUUGUCUAGCCGAAAUUAAGCAGACAGAAGAAAAAUAUACAGAAACUUUGGAGUCCAUAGAAAAAUAUUUCAUGGCGCCACUGAAAAGGUUUCUGACAGCUGCAGAAUUUGAUUCAGUGUUCAUCAACAUUCCUGACCUCGUAAAAGUGCAUCGGAGCUUAAUGCAAGAGAUUAAUGAUUCCAUUGUAAAUAAAAUUGACCAGAACUUGUAUCAAGUUUUUAUUAACUACAAGGAAAAGUUGGUUAUUUACGGGCAGUACUGCAGUGGAGUGGAGUUGGCCAUCUCUAGCUUAGACUACAUUUCUAAGACAAAGGAAGAUGUCAAACUGAAAUUAGAGGAAUGUUCCAAAAGAGCAAAUAAUGGGAAGUUUACGCUUCGAGAUUUGCUUGUGGUUCCGAUGCAACGUGUUUUAAAGUAUCACCUUCUCCUCCAGGAACUGGUCAAACAUACCACCGACCCCACGGAGAAGGCCAACCUGAAACUGGCUCUGGACGCCAUGAAGGACUUGGCACAGUAUGUGAAUGAAGUGAAAAGGGAUAAUGAGACACUUCGUGAAAUUAAACAGUUUCAGCUAUCUAUAGAAAAUUUGAACCAACCAGUUUUGCUUUUUGGACGACCUCAGGGAGAUGGUGAAAUUCGAAUAACUACUUUAGACAAGCACACAAAACAAGAAAGGCAUAUCUUCUUGUUUGAUUUGGCUGUGAUUGUAUGUAAAAGGAAAGGGGAUAACUAUGAGAUGAAGGAAAUAAUAGAUCUUCAGCAGUACAAGAUAGCCAACAAUCCCACAACUGAUAAAGAAAAUAAAAAGUGGUCUUACGGCUUCUACCUCAUCCACACCCAAGGACAGAAUGGGUUAGAGUUUUAUUGCAAAACAAAAGAUUUAAAGAAAAAAUGGCUGGAACAGUUUGAAAUGGCUUUAUCUAACAUAAGGCCAGACUAUGCAGACUCCAAUUUCCACGACUUCAAGAUGCACACCUUCACUCGGGUUACGUCCUGCAAAGUUUGCCAGAUGCUCCUGAGAGGAACAUUUUAUCAAGGCUAUUUAUGUUUCAAGUGUGGCGCCAGAGCGCACAAAGAAUGUUUGGGAAGAGUAGACAAUUGUGGAAGAGUUAAUUCUGGUGAACCAGGGACGCUCAAACUACCGGAGAAACGGACCAAUGGACUCCGAAGACAUCCCAGGCCGGUGGACCCAGGUUUACCAAAGAUGCAGGUCAUUCGGAACUACUCUGGAACGCCACCGCCAGCUCUCCAUGAAGGACCACCCUUAUACAUCCAGGCAGGGGAUACGGUGGAACUUCUGAGAGGAGAUGCACACAGCCUGUUUUGGCAGGGUAGAAAUUUAGCAUCUGGAGAGGUUGGAUUUUUUCCAAGUGAUGCUGUCAAGCCUUCCCCAUGUGUGCCCAAACCAGUAGAUUAUUCUUGCCAACCCUGGUAUGCUGGAGCAAUGGAAAGAUUGCAGGCAGAGACUGAACUUAUUAAUAGGGUAAAUAGUACUUACCUUGUGAGGCACAGGACCAAAGAGUCAGGAGAAUAUGCAAUUAGCAUUAAGUAUAACAAUGAAGCAAAGCACAUCAAGAUUUUAACAAGAGAUGGCCUUUUUCACAUUGCAGAAAAUAGAAAAUUUAAAAGUUUAAUGGAACUUGUGGAGUACUACAAGCAUCAUUCCCUCAAAGAAGGGUUCAGAACCUUAGACACAACUCUGCAAUUUCCAUACAAAGAGCCAGAACAUUCAGCUGGACAGAGGGGUAACAGAGCAGGCAAUAACUUGUUAAGUCCAAAAGUGCUGGGCAUUGCCAUCGCUCGGUACGACUUUUGUGCAAGAGACAUGCGAGAAUUGUCCUUGCUGAAAGGAGACGUGGUGAAGAUUUAUACAAAGAUGAGUGCCAAUGGCUGGUGGAGAGGAGAGGUGAACGGCAGGGUGGGCUGGUUUCCAUCCACGUAUGUGGAAGAGGAUGAAUAAAUUCCAAUCCCGCGUCGCACCCUGUACCAGAAGCGGCAGAGAGCGAUAAACAGAAGCCCGCAUGGCCUUGUGAAUUAACUGAAGUGUUGAAAAAGCUGCAUUUCUGGCUGUUCAACAUCCUCCCUCCUUAACUCCUCCUAAGUCUUAAUGCUGGGAUUUCUAAAGAUGCUGGGACUGACAGAUUAAUGGCUUGCCUAGAGCUGUGCAGGAAACAGCCUGCCAGUCUGUCAUUGUCAGAGACCAGAGCAAAGCCAAAAGCUGUUCUCAGAAGAGCUCUGCAUGCACAUUGCUUCGUAUUUCUCUUUACUUCAUCUGGUCAGAUGCCACAGAUGCCUGCCAUUCAGUGUUUAAUGCGUAUUUACUUUAUUGUCCUGUGCCGUUCACCAGAAAUUUUGAUGGCACAAAUAAGCAGUAGCUUAAUUUUGCUUUUCCCAGUGUGAAGAAAUAUUAGCAUUCUGCCAUUUGGGGCAGGUGGCAGAGCACGUUCCUUCCAAAGAUCCAGCAUUGCUUGUCUUAAAUUGCCCAACAAGGCGACUCAUACCCAGCAAAUACGUUUACCCCCAGAGUUUACUCAUGAUAAAAUAUGAAAGGCAAAUGAGCGCUCAGGUUGGCGUCACAAAUGAUAUAUCCCUGGAGGGUUUUAAUUAUUCAUUUGAUGUCCUGAUUAUAUUUGCAAACUUCCUUAUAAAAGAGAGAGAGAAGCACAUGAAAGAGAGUGUCUUCCUAUUAAGUCUUUCUGACCUUCAUGAUUUCAUAGGGUUAUUUUAGUCGUGUAGACUUUAUGAAAUGCUCUUAGCCGGGUGUAUUAGGGGAAGUUACUAAUAACCUGAGUAAGGUGGCUUUGUUUACAGAAACAGAUCAAGGGCUCUAAUUCAUGUAAGUCAUUUUAUAGCAGCAGUAUGUAUGAUACAUGCCUUCCCUCCUUCCCCCUCCCCCAAAAAAAGACCUGGGUUGUGUUUUCUGAUUCCCACAUUUUCUCGGAGCACAAACAACUUAGUUGCAAGUUUGGGAAGGAAAGCACAAUGGGGUCUUUCAUGCAUUUCUGGGACUGGAGCCUUGGGCUUUCAGCUUCUCUCAGUCUCCCCCUCUGCAGCCCUUUCUGGGAGUGUUAUCACCUGCAGGGAAGAUCAGUGUUGCCAUGCAUGUGUUUUAGCAAGCUCUUACUAUUUUAUGUGAGGAAUCUAAUUGUGUUCUUCCUGGGACGCCAGAGUCCCUAGCCAAGGCAGUCAAGUCAAGUCACUAACUUGGCCCUUUCCUGAUGAAAUAAUUCCUGCAUAGCAGAAGUCAUGUUCUGACAAGAUUCAGAGAGUGUUUUGUGUUUGGGUAAAACAGAAAUUAUAAGCAUUAACUUAAUAGAGCUGAACUAGGAACAUUCAGUUCUGAAAUUUUAGAUUAUCUCUGAGAUGAGGUGGGUGUGCCUACCCUCUCUCCCAGCCACCUGGGUGCCGAACUUGACCUUCAGUAGACACAUCCCCCUGCUCGAGACCUUCGUGGGCUAGGACUUUUCAUCUAGGAUAGAUUUAAGACCUUUACCUCAGAAUUAUGUAAACUGUGAUUGUGUGUUUAGGAGAAUUAUUUGCUAAAAUCAAUUCAGAUUUUUGUAUAUGUGUAAAUGAUUAUGAAAAUGUAUUUUAUAAAAUAUUCUGUACAGUACAGUUACACCCCUAAGGUGUAUUCUCCAAGUGGAUUCUUUGCUAUAAAGUCUUAUCUGCAACUCUGUGUCUCGGGAGUGUUUCAUCUGUUACCGGUCAGCCGAAUGUUGUUAUGGAGAGAACAGCGUCACACCAAUGGGAACAUUCCUGUGUGCACAGUAUUGUAGCACGUAUUGUUAAUUUUACUCAAUAGACUCCAUUUGUAAGAGGUGUUUCUUCCCGUUGCAUUUCAUGGGCUGGGGAUUUCCUAGCAGAGGAUAGUAGAGCCCCUUUUUGUGACGUUACCAAUGGCAUCUUUGUCUACGUUUAGUACUUUGUAUUGGAAUCUUUAAAUGCUUUGGGUCUGUGUAGAGUUCUAAUACCAAAGACAGAAGUCACUGUUUUCCAUACACUUGUCUUGUUGUAUGCAGCUCUUGUGUAUGUAAUAUGAUGAACUAGAGUGGUAUUUCACUUUGUAAUAUUUUGUAAAUAUGUCGAUACAAUAAAUAGUUACU